AUGGCUGGUGAUCCUGGAAAUCGGAGACUCCUCCCUCAAAGCUCACAGAUGCAGAGUUUCUCAUUUGCGCCUAACAACUUUGGGCAAAGAGAAAACCAAAAGAACUAUGUCUUUGUCGACGAGCACAACCGUCAUAAACGGCUAAAGGUGAUGCGCGCAUGUGAAGGGUGCAGAAGGCGAAAGAUCAAGUGCGACGCGGCGACUACCAAUACAUGGCCAUGUUCAGCAUGUAUCCGCCUGAAGCUACAUUGCGUACCCCCGACUGUCAAUUACGAUCGCGAUUUUCCAUUAGAUGGGCAGGCCUUUGAAGCGGAUAGGAUUGUGUACGAAGGCGGGGGGAAUGGCGACGAUGACUACCAUCAGCAGGUGUCUAUGCAGCAACAACACCAACUAACUAGCCCGCAUAAGAACAUUCCUCCAAUAUAUACGCAACAACUGCCAUACUCGGCUGAACCUGUGGGUGUCUAUCAGAAUGUACCUUAUGGCGCGCCAUCUUCAGCACAAAGUCAACCGAGUAUGCAUUAUAACAACAACAUGCAAACCCCCGUAAGCAUAAUCGACCAACAUCAGCAAUACACUCCACAAAAUGUCUUUCCAACACCACCUCUGCAAGGUUCACAUCCAGAAUCACCGGAAACAUACGAGCAGGACCAGUAUGGGCAACAGGGUUUGAGUGAUUUAUUGGGAGAGCUCAGGAUGAACGAGGCUGGGACGGCCCCGUACCUGAAUAGCAAGAACAAAAAUAAGACAUUGAUCGAGGAGCCGGUGUUUGAGGAUCUAGAUGAGUACAAAGACGUCUUGCCAGUCUCGGUACCCGGACCAGAUCUCAAAGUGAGGAUACCACCGGAAUUGAUGCCAGACGAGGAGACUGUAUUACACUACUUCGAGAUAUAUUUUGUAAAUGUUCAUCCCUACGUACCGGUACUGAACAAAGCUCUGUUCUAUCAUCAAUGGCAUACCAACCGAGAAGCUAUUUCGCCGCUUAUUCUAGAAGCUAUAUUCGCAAUAGCUGGAAGACUUGCAGAUGAGCCAGCGCAAGGACACCAAUGGCUAGCACUUGCAUCAAAACACGCCGAUUCCUUCAUGGAUGUCCCACGUCUUAGCACUCUCCAAGCGACCCUAAUUGUUCUGAAGGCAAGAGAAUCAGCGCCAAAACGGGGCUACUACUACCGCUCAUGGAUGACUGUUGUUCAAUGUGUACAAAUGGCCAAGGAUUUGGGCUUAGAUGAGCACUAUGAAGAGCACAAGGCUGGUAAACCGUGUGGUUCUGAUCUUGCCGAUUGCGUUACCAAGACUCGAAUCUGGCAGACCAUUUUCAUCUGUGAACUGAUGGUCGGCUCGCCCCAAGGACGUACAGAUCUAUCCGUCGAUGCAGAUUCUUUGGAUCUUAGUAUACCCAGACCAGCAUCAGGGCUUGAUGACUCCGAAUACCACAUUUCCCGCAAUUUCACUUAUUUCACAAGAGUCGUUCGCAAUGUCAGGAGGAUGAACAACGUCUAUUCGAGAAUCAAAAAGAAGAAGGAAUGGGGUAUUGAUCCUGACUUUGUACAACUAAAUCCCUCUUUUGACGCCUGGAUGAACGAUCUUCCCCCAGAUUUACAGAUUACAUUUCCUCCGGACGGUUCUCCUCCGUGGUUGCCAUCUCACUACAUUGGAAACAUUCACUCCUAUUAUUACCUCAGCAUCAUUAUGUUACACCGACCACAACUUACAUUCAUGGAGCCAACGGAUAUGCAUGGAGGAUGGAAACACCACAUGAUGAUAUGCUAUUCGUCAGCGAAACUCUUGUGCCGCGUGCAAGAGGCUAUCUUGCAGUCUUUUGGGCUGACUGGCCUUUUAUGCAUGCAAAGAGGUGUUAAUUUCACCAUCUAUUGCGUUCUGACUUGCACAGUUCUCCAUUUGGUCGCGCUUACGUCCCCCGAUCCUGAACUCAAUACAGACGCCCGUGAAUACUUCACUCGGCAUAUGAGAAUUUUAGAAAAAUGCACAAGCUCCUGGCCAAUGCCGGAUAUGCAACAGCAAAUUGAUGCAUUACGAGAGGCCUUUUCUGCUGAUACCAGAAAACCUUUUGUGCUAAAGCCAAGCUUUCCUUAUGGCAGUCCAGGCCCGAACAUGAGUCCUCCGCGGGCAAACGCCCAGUAUCGUCAAGCAGGAGGACAUCACGGUUCCAUAGACCAGAAUGUGGAGCAUCAGCAUGUCCAACCACAACAGCACGUCAGUUAUACAAACCACCCCAUCACACCCCCUAUUUCAGCUGGAGGUGUUGCGGACACGAAGAGUGACUCUCCAGCCGCGCAGUCUCUGGUCAUGAUGGCCGCGCAACGAGCGCCACAGCCGCAGCCAGCAACAAGUGGGGUUCAAAUGCCCGAUCCAGGCAGUUGGAAUCCCGCUAGAAUCUUCGACCAGUGGAAUACCACUUUUGGUACGCCUCAAACCUCCGCUCCUCCUCCACAACAGACCCCUCUAAAACUUUCCGUAUCAGGUGCCCAGGAAAUUCCAACAUUACCUGAAAUUCACACUCACUCGAACGCCAGUCUACCAGGCACUCAGACGGUCAUUCCCCCACAACAAUACUCUGGGGCCGCAAUUCCAUCUUUUGUCAGCCCGAGUAUGUGGCAAGAGUCUGUUGCCAGUGUGUAUGAGGGUGGUUUGAAGAGACACGCUACUUGGGAUUAUGAUGAUAGUAAUAUGGGCAGUGCCCUGAAACGACCACGAUAA